AUGCUGGCGUUGAAUACUGUGGACUUCGCAGACGUCGCAGACAUCGUGAGCGAUACCUGGGCUCUCGAGGACAAGGAGGAGCAGAAGCGUCGACUGCAUCGCAUCGAAAUGGUCAAGUUCCGACGCAAGAGGAAGGCUAAGCAAGAGGAUUUACGUGGUGAGUGUCGGCGACUGGAGAAGCAUGCGCAGCAAGUUGCAGCCAGCGUGAGAGCUCUAGCUAGCCGUAAAGCUGACCCCAGCACUCGUGCCAAUAUUUUUGCAUGA